CUUCCUUUUUUUACCAAAACAUUCUGGGUAUUUCUUUUUCAGUGUUUCAUAGUGUAAUACUCAAUAGUGUUUUCUCAAACUUUUUCUUCAACAUCUUGGUGGUACACUGGUACUUCUUGUACUUCUUUUUUUGGCAUAGAAAUGGGUGUUAACUCUAACAGAGUGGAACACGUUUCAUGUUUAGAAACCACUGUGACAAUCUCAUCAGCAGAAGUAGGAGUAAUGCCACCACCAAUGCAAAUUCACAAGGUUUGCUUGCCACCAAAGCUGACCACUUUUCAGAAACUCAAGCACAGGCUCACUGAGAUCUUCUUCCCCGAUGACCCACUUUAUAGAUGCAAGAAUCAAACAUGGUUCAAGAAGUUGAUCAUCUGUCUACAGUUUUUCUUUCCUAUAUUCCAAUGGGGCUCUGAGUACAAUGUUUCUCUUCUGAAGUCUGAUGUCAUCGCUGGUCUUACCAUUGCUAGCCUGGCUAUCCCACAGGGAAUCAGCUAUGCAAAGCUUGCCAAUUUGCCACCAAUAGUCGGACUAUACUCGAGCUUUGUGCCCCCAUUGAUAUACUCAAUCCUUGGAAGUUCUAGACAUCUUGCUGUUGGCCCUGUCUCAAUAGCAUCUUUGGUCAUGGGGUCCAUGUUAAGUGAGGCAGUUUCUCCUACUGAAGAUCAGAUUCUCUAUCUUAGAUUGGCCUUCACUGCCACCUUCUUUGCUGGCUUAUUUCAGGCUUCUCUAGGUCUUCUAAGGCUAGGCUUUAUAAUUGAUUUCCUCUCAAAGGCAACUCUAGUUGGGUUUAUGGCUGGUGCAGCAGUUAUCGUGUCAUUGCAACAGCUUAAAGGAUUGCUCGGGAUUGCUCACUUCACCAGCAAAAUGCAAAUUAUUCCUGUUGUUUCCUCUGUUAUAAGCACCAGAGAUGAGUGGUCUUGGCAAACCAUUGUUAUGGGUUUUGGUUUCCUCUUCUUUCUGUUGACUGCAAGGCAUAUUAGCAAUAGGAAUCCAAAGCUUUUUUGGGUCUCAGCAGCUGCCCCAUUAACAUCAGUUAUCCUCUCAACCCUUAUAGUUUUCCUCCUCAAGUCCAAGGUUCAUGGAAUUCCAAUUAUUGGUCACUUACCAAAGGGCCUUAAUCCUCCUUCACUAAACAUGCUAUACCUCAGUGGCCCUCAUCUAGCUGUAGCUAUCAAAACUGGCAUUGUAACUGGAAUCUUAUCUCUCACUGAAGGAAUUGCUGUGGGUAGGACAUUUGCUGCUCUUAAAAAUUACCAAGUGGAUGGAAACAAAGAAAUGAUGGCAAUUGGUGUUAUGAACAUAGCUGGUACAUGCUCUUCAUGCUAUGUUACUACAGGAUCAUUUUCUCGAUCUGCUGUAAGCUACAACGCUGGAGCACAAACAGCAGUGUCAAAUAUAGUCAUGGCUUCAGCUGUGCUUGUGACACUGCUGUUUCUCAUGCCACUGUUUUAUUACACUCCCAAUGUCAUCUUAGCAGCCAUAAUCAUAACAGCAGUGAUUGGCCUAAUAGAUUAUCAGGCAGCGCUCAAAUUGUGGAAAGUUGACAAACUUGAUUUCAUGGCUUGUUUCUGCUCCUUCUUCGGUGUUCUUUUCAUUUCAGUGCCACUAGGUCUCGCAAUUGCGGUUGCAGUUUCAGUUUUCAAGAUUCUCUUACAUGUCACCAGGCCAAACACUCUAAUCUUAGGAAAUAUCCGGGGCACUCAAAUUUACCAAAACCUCAGCCGGUAUAGAGAAGCUUCAAGGAUCCCCUCAUUUCUCAUUCUUGCUGUUGAGUCUCCCAUCUACUUUGCAAACUCAACUUACUUGCAAGAAAGGAUAUUAAGAUGGGUUCGAGAGGAGGAAGAGUGGGUAAAAGAAAAUAAUGAAAGUGCACUGAAAUGUGUAAUUUUAGACAUGACAGCUGUGACAGCAAUAGACACAAGUGGCAUUGACACACUAUAUGAAAUCAAAAAGAUGUUGGAGAAAAGAUCAAUUAAGCUUGUGUUGGCAAAUCCUGUCGGAAGUGUGACGGAAAAGCUAGAUCAAUCAGAAAUCACAGAGUCCUUUGGGCCACACGGUAUCUAUCUCUCUGUUGGAGAAGCCGUGGCUCACACUUCAUCUUUGUGGAGAGCACAGCCAUGAUUUACAAAAUGAGCUUCUGCAGAACAAUGGAAAGACAUGAAGAGAUGACUUAACACUUGGAGACCGUGGCAGUCUAGGAAGAGUUCUAAAGUCAGGACUCGAGAGGAAUUUCUAUUGUUUUUCCUUAUAGAAGAGUUUUUAAGGCUAUGAGAUUUUUCUCCUUUUUGUUUUUUUUUUUUUUUUUUUUUUUUUUUUCCAUUUUUCAGUGGACAAGAUGAAAUUUAUGUUCUUCUAAGAAGAGAUUUUGAAGUUUAAAUUAGUGCAGCUCACCAGGUUGAGGAUCCUGGUAGUUAAAUUUCAUCCUAA